CAAAGCUGCUCUGAGUGUCCCUCCUCCAGCAUGGCUCUAAGGCGGCUCCUUCAGCAGAACCAUAACGCCAACCUGGUAGGGCUCGGGGCCGGCCCUGCCGGCGGGGACGCGGCUCUGCCGAUGGACAGCAGGAGGAUCCAGCACUUGGCCAACACGGUGGGGACGCUGCCCCGCGGGCACAAGCAGCUUGCCUUAGCCCGAUCCAGCUCCCUGGGCGACUCCUCCAGGCCACAAAGACACCUCGUUGCUAUAUUAAAAGAAGAUAAAGAGACGUUUGGGUUUGAAAUCCAGACAAUCAGAUUUCCGCACCAAAAUGAUAACUCCCUGGAGGUAUGCACCUGUGUCUGCAAAAUUCAAGAAGAAAGUCCUGCCCAUCUCUCUGGCCUCCAGAUCGGCGAUAUCCUCUCCGGCAUCAACGGCGUGAACACGGAUGGGUUUAGUCACAAGCAAAUAGUAGACUUGAUAAAGUCUUCAGGGAACUAUUUAAGGUUAGAGACUGUCAACGGGGCCAUGUUUCUGCGGAAAAUGGAGCUCGAGACCAAGCUGCAGCUACUGAAGCAAACUCUGCAGCAGAAAUGGGUGGAGGUGCGCUCUCUGCUCGUGCGGGAACAGCGCUUGCUGCACGGGGAGGUGAACGACAACGCUCUGCCGAGCGCGCUGGAGCUGGAGGGGUCCAGCCUGCUUGAUGGCAGCGCCACGCCGGGACCCCUCUUCCCGACGCAGCCUCGCUUCCCCAGCGAGAGCAGCUCCCGCAGCCGCCUCAGCUCCAUGACCCUGGGCAGCGAGGAUAGCUUCUGCCUGAGCGGUGCCUUUGAGGACUCCGCCGCCGAGAGCCUGAGCCGCCAGUCGAGCGUGGACGACGACUGCUUCUUCCCCAGGGACGGGGACGGCGCUGCCGGCAGGUCCUCCCUGCGGAGGAACCGCAGCAUCAGCCUGGCCAGCAGCGGCUCCAUGUCCCCGCUCUGGGAGGGCGGCAGCCGCACCAGUAGUUUUGGGACCCUCCCGCGGAAGAGCAGGAGAUCCAGUGUCCGAAAGCAGCUUUUGAAAUUCAUUCCAGGCCUUCACUGGGCGGUGGAAGAGGAAGAAAGUCGGGUCUGACAUCGCACCGUCAUCCCCGACGCGUGGGAGCGCUGCGUGGCCUGGGACGGGGCAGAGCUCGCCCAGAAGCGCGCAGGGUGGCGCGGCGUGGCGUCUUCCAGGCAGCAGUACCGAUGAUAUUUAAAAAGCUUUGGGCUUUUUAAUUAUUUUAAUUUUUAAUCAGGGCACACUGUGGACCUCUUCGUUAAUGUGAAAAAUGACUAACUCUGAAGUGUGAAGGACAUUUGCAGAACUUCCUCACCAUACUUUAGUGUUAAUAACGGUUUUUAAUUGAAUGCAGAAAUGAUAGCUAUUUAUUUCCUGCUACUGAAGUCAUAGUCUUCCAAAGGUCUUUAAUAAAGCAAGUGCUUCGACUAAACCCACCGACAGUCCCGUUCGACAGAGCCCAGUGUGUGGGACAGAGACAGACCCUGGCAGUAAUGUACUGAAAUGAAGGGCAGAGAUUCCCCCGUGGUUUGCAGCAGGUGAUUUACGCGGGUGUGCUGGAGCAUAAUACUCCAGGGAUUUGGAGGAGAAAGGACCCUCCUGAGCACACCCGCAGCCCUCUGCUGUGCUGGUGCAGGGGGAGCCAGCAGAGCCCCGAGCAGCUCCGCGCACCCGGAGCAGGAGGAGCGCGCCCAAGAGCACCGGUGGGAUGAUCUGAGCUCUUGAAGGCGAGCGAGGUGAGGGCAGAGGGUGUGCGGCAGGGAUGAGCAGGGUUGUGCUGCGCCUGGAGGAGGUGACAGGUCGCAGGUCGCGCUCUGCGGACCUCUUCCGAGGGCUGUGCCGGGGACCCUGUCCCUCUGCAGCCCCAGCGCGGCAGGAGGUGCCCCUUGGGCUGGUGUUUCUGCUGCUCGUCCUCAGGCAGAUCAUCAGCUGCUCCCAUUUCUCCAGGAGCAGAGGCUUCAGGCAGUAAGAUUAACUUAAUGGCUCAUAUGAAGUGAUUUAAUAAAUACGGCAUAGAAGUGAAGAAAAAGAGAAAUUUUAUCUCCCUCUCACACAGCACAGAAAUAGGCCAUUUGUUCAGCCCAAGCAGCCUAAUUAUGUUUUUCAGAUACAACUGGAAGAAUUUUAAAGAUAAUUUAAAUACCUUGUGUGACUCAUUCGUCUUCUGACCGAGCAGACCGUGUGGUUGUUUACCACUCGGAUACUACUGUGGCAAGAUUUCCUGGUCUUUUCAGAAAGCUCAGGCUGAACCCAAUAGCUUCUAUCCAAGGUGAACCCCGAAUAAAAAC